AUGCCGAUCAGCUGGCCAGCAGCGUCAGGCACAGGCACAGCACCAUCUCUGCCACUAUUCCAGGGUAGACGCGGCCCGCAUGCGCCUCUGCCACGAGCAUCUCCAACUGCCCGCUUCGAUGCACUGGCACAGCACACACCGCAGAGGGCAAAAGAUGCUUGGGCAGCGACGAAGAGAUGGGUCAAAGGUCCACAUCCUCCUCGCAUUUACAAAAUCACACCAUUCUUCCCCAAAGCCCAGCACAUCCCGAUCAACCUGUUAGAUCGUUAUGCCCCCAAGCGGACACAAAGGUUUGGCCUUUUGCUACUAGCAUAUGCCGGCUGGCUUCUGCUAUUCUCGCUCAUGCUGUGGAAAAGUUCGUUUGCUGCACAAAUACCAGGGUUUGGCACGCCCGUGAGAUUGGGCUGUGCUGCUAGAUACUGGGGAGAAGGCAACAACUGCGGCUUGAAUGGCAACCAGUGCCGUCCCUUCUCCAAUGCCUCGCUGGCCUUCCGAUGUCCAGCAGACUGCCAUAAAAUCCACAUCCUCAACCCGCAUGCUGUGGGAGACAGGGAAGUCGUAUACAAGCCGCUGGUUGUCGGUGGGCCCACGAGCCAGCAGACUGGAUACGAGCAUGUCGUUGUCGGCAAUGCUGUCUACAGAGGCGACAGCUUCAUCUGCGCGUCCGCAGUUCACGCUGGUUACAUUCGCGAUAUCGAAGGAGGAUGCGGCGUCCUCACCUUGACCGGUGAACAAGCAUCAUUCACCGGCAACAAGCGCAACUCCAUCGAGUCAACUCCCUUCAGUAGCUACUUCCCACACAGCUUCGCAUUCCUUCGCGGCACCAGGACGCAAUGUAAAGACCUUCGCUGGCCCGCUCUCGCUCCAUCUCUCAUCUUCACCAUUCUCGUCUCUCUCUUCACCAUUGACCCGGCUGUCCAUUUCUGGAGCAUUUUCGUUGUGCUAUUCUUUCAUGUGGCCCUAGUCUCCGACCCGCCAGCCAAUACCACAUAUUCCGCACUCUUGUCGAUCGCCUUUGGCCGCUUCCUCCCCGCGUGUUUCUGUGCUUGGGUCACGUAUCGAUACACCGUCAAACGAUCCUUAACAGGUCUGACGGCACAAAUUGAAAAGACGAUCCUUUGGCUCGGUCCUGCUUGGCUUGGAAGCCUGAACAAUUAUACUUUCGACCGUAUACCGAUUCAGCGACUGACGCCGCACGACAUCAAAGCUCAGCCAGGUGCAAUCCCGGCCUUGGUCAUCGUCGUGCUAUCGAUCUUCUUCAUCGCAUUAGGACAAGCUUGGGCAUUCAGGAUCGAAGGCCGUAUGCCACGUUAUCUAGUGAUAUAUGGACUCAUGAUUCUCACGUUAUUGAUCUUUCUUGCUGUUCCCGGCCUAGACCUGCGCAUUCACCAUUAUAUCCUUGCUCUCCUCCUUCUUCCAGGAACUUCUUUUCAGAAUCGUCCAUCACUGCUCUACCAAGGUCUCCUGAUCGGCCUUUUCGUGAACGGCAUUGCACGCUGGGGUUUUGCUUCCAUCGUCGAGUUGCCCUCAGAACUGUUGAAAGGAGCACAACAAGGAUCGUUGAUACCCGCAAUAUCUGUUCUCGCCAUUGGAGCAAAGAACAUAACUUUCAACCUUGGACCAUUGCCGCGCUUUGACCCCAAGAAUCGGGCCACUUAUGACGGCAUCAGCGUACUAGUGAACGAUAUUGAAAGAUUCAGAGGCUACAGCGAUGAUAGAUCUUAUUGGGACCAGGAUUGGUACUCAGGGAACUUUACUUGGACAUGGCAGAGACACAGGCUUGGCAGAGACGAGCUCCGUGUUGGCGCUGAGCAUGACAUAGGCAUAAGGGGCGGCACACUACCGGAGUACUUCCGCUUCGGAUACAUGUCUGGCAGCAGAACUGCGGACUACAGUAAAGCAGGGAAGUGGGAUGAGGACGGAGUUUGGCAUGAAAUGAGAUCCGGACCGAGUAAGAGACAUGUACAGGACGAAGAUUCCCUAAGCGAAUACGGUUGA